AGACAGACAGAUACCGUCAGUCUGAUCGUACUGCAGCCAGACGCCCCCAGGAAACUUUCAACACUGAAGUUAAUUUCUGCAGCAGGAUGGGCUCCAGCAGCUCCCGCAUGGACCACAUCCCAAACGCAGAGCAGCUCAUGCAGGAAACCGGCUUUUCCGCUGCUCACAUCCUUCGUCUUUACGCGAGGUUUGAGUUUCUGGACAAAGACGAGCGAGGAGAGCUCAGGCCUGAGGAUUUCGGAGCUCUUCGAGGGUUGGCUAUGAAUCCCAUCGGAGACAGAAUCAUCGGCGCCUUCUUCUCUCGGGGAAAGGAAACGGUGGAUUUUCCCUCCUUCGUUCGUGUUCUUGCUAAUUUCCGUCCGACAGAAACAAACACAAUCAGAGACGGAGGCCAGUCCUUCAGCAGGACCAGGAAACUCAAAUUUGCUUUCAAGUUGUAUGACCAAGACAGAGACGGGAAGAUUUCCAGAGAAGAGCUUCUUCAGGUUCUGAGAUCGAUGCUGGAGCAGCAGGUGACGGAGGAGCAGCUGCAGAGCAUCGCUGAGCGAGCCAUCCAGGAGGCCGACCUGGACCAAGACGACGCUAUCUCCUUCGAGGAGUUCAAAAAGUCACUGGAGAGAGUCAACAUCGAUGAAAAGAUGAGCAGUCACUUCUUGAGAUGAAGACAUGACAUGCUGCUGAAAUUAGGAUCAAGCCCUUGUUGUCCCUCUCAAACCUCACAGGGGAAGAUGCAGAUAACUCUCAUGUACAGAAACGCAAUUUGUAAACCAUUCUAUCUGUGGGUUUACCAAAAGAUACAACUCUGACCUUAUGUUGGUACCAGAAAAGAAGUAAGGGUGAGAAGGAUCCAUCCUCUAGGGACGGCGAAUGCCUGAACACCAUUUCAUGACAAUCCUUCCAUUAGUAGCUGAGAUAUUUCAGGUAUUAGCAACACUUUGGUCUCUAUGCCAGAAAAUGGUUCAUACAAUUCAUAAAUCAAUCAAUAAGACAACUCAAUAAGUGAACCGUAGAAAAGAAAAUACCAACCUCUUAAACUGUUGGCAGUUAUCAGCCAGAAUAGCCUGCUGUUUUACGUGAUUUAAAAGCAACACAGAAUUUUAGUUAGAGAAUAGAAUAGAAGGCCUUGAUAGCAAUUAUACAAAAACAUAGGCUGAGAUUUUGUAGUGCAACCUGUCACAGUGCAAAUAAUAACAACACAGACAAUCAUAAGGGGGGACAAAUAAAUCAGGUGUCCACCUACACUGAAUCUAAGAGAUUUAACAUAAAGAAUAGUGAAAGAAAUAAUGCGUUUAUGACUAUCUUAUAUAUAUAUAUAUAUUGACCUCUGUUUUAUUCUGCCAGUAAACCCAUCUUUUAAAAGUGAAAUCAUACCAGUUAUCUGUGUUAACUGUUAGGGUACACUGCUGUCAUCCUGUUAGCCCGUCCACGCGGUUCUGCUGAGUUGAAGCUUGACGCACCUUCCCAUUGACUUUGAACUGGGUGACGUCAGGCUUUGCCGAACUGCAUUGUGGUUCCGUUGCUUCGCUUCCGCUCGGCUGCUCGCGGUGAAAGUUGAGAAAAGUUCAACUUUUGAAGCGUCGCCGGAAGCGCCAGCCAAUCAAAUCCCGUGUAUGUGUCUCCAGGGGCGGGAGAUUAAUGUGAUUGGUUGUUGGUCGCGUUAACCCCACGCGCCAGACACGCCCACCGGCAAGCGUCAACGGAACCGUGUGUAGCUGCGUUACAUGUAAUCCGUUACUCCAGAAGCCUGAUCAUCACUACAGUCUUUUGUGUGUUCCUUGUAUAUACCACCAGGGGGAGCCAUUGCUAACAGAAAAUGUCCUCUUUUUCUGAAAUGGACCAGAAACUUUCAGCUGUGAACACAAACCCUGAUCUACAUUUACCGUGUGAACCGAAAAGUAUUUGUAAUUCCUUUGGAGCCACAUCUGCCACAUCCUGCUGUCUGAUGUUUGUAGAUCAACAUGUUCAUACUCUGAGUUGAGAAGUGUUCAUCCCACGCAAUCAUGUGCUCCCCCCCACACUCGUUCUGCGAUGAUGAGGAACAUAUGAUUAGGAUUUGGAGGCACAUGGAACAAUUCAAAUCGCCUCAUUAUUAUUUUUCUCCACUUGGAUUUUCAGUGUGCAUAUUAAUCAUAUUAGUGCAACACAAAGGAACACAUACUUUAUGUUUUACAGUGAAAUAUCUUAUAGUACUUCAGUACGGUACUUUCUACCCUUACUGUUGGACAUCUUAUUAAAGAGACCCUGUUAUGCUG